GAAUCAUAGAUGCAUACAAACAAAUAUAUGUGAAUAAAGAAUGAUAUAGAUAUACAUAUUUAGAUUAGAUAAGCUUGUCCAUUUACCUUGGCAUCCGAACCCUUUGUAGUCUUGCGCCCAUCGUAAACCGAAACCGUCAGAGUUUGAUUGGUCGCUUCGCUGUUUAUGGAUCUCGGGUUAGUGAAGAGGGGCUUCGAUUUUUCCAAGAGGAGAAAGAAAUGGCUUAUUCUUCUUGCCGCUUUCGGCGUCUCCGGUUAUGGUGUUUACAAGGUCUAUCAUUUACCCUCUGUGGUCAAUAAGAGGAAGAGGCUGGUUAAGCUCUUCCGAGCCCCACUUUCCAUGGCUGAAAUGCUCGCGAAUUCGGCAGAGACAAUUGGUAUCGUCUCCAAGGACUUGAAGGAGUUUCUGCAAUCCGAUUCCGACCAAAUUCCUCGUAGUCUGAAGCAGGUUUCCAAAAUCGCGCGGUCAGAGGAGUUCUCGGAAUCGUUGGUUAGGGUUACGCAGGCUUUGACGGUUGGGAUUUUGCGGGGUUCCAAGUCCGAGGGGAUGACUGACAGGGAGUCCGAUACAGGUUCGGCCAAUUCGAGCUUUCCUAACAGGAUUUUGGAGAGGAUUUUCUCUACGGCUGGGGCAGGUUUUGCUUCAGUUGUUGUUGGAAGCUUUGCGAGGAACCUGGUUUUGGGAUUUUACUCCAGUGGCGGACCCAUGGAUGGUCCUAGUGUGUCCCCACCCGGUUCUGGUUUAUCCGACGAGCCCAGAUGGAUAAAUGUGGUCUGUUCUGAUAAAUGUAAAGAUCUCAUAGCAAAUUGCAUUCAAGUUUUUGUAAGCAUGGCAGUUUCUGCUUAUCUAGACAAAACAAUGGAUAUUAAUGUGUAUGAGGAGAUGUUUAGCGGAUUAACCAAUCCCAAGCAUCAAGACAAAGUGAGGGAUAUUCUGGUUACUGUUUGUAAUGGUGCGGUGGAGACACUUGUAAGAACAUCUCACCAAGUAUUGACGAGUUCAAGUUUGGGUUCAAAUUCUUCUUGCUCAAUUGUUGAUCAGAGCAUUAGUACAACUGCCAUCAAAGAUGAGUGUUUUGAUCGAGAAGAAUCUUCACAGCAGCUGAAAGUAGGGAAUUCGUUUUAUGGAACUCAGGAUACUGGGUGGGUUGGCAAGGUUUCAUCUACAUUGGCAGUGCCCAGUAAUAGGAAGUUUGUGCUUGACGUGACUGGGAGGGUGACAUUUGAAACAGUGAGAUCCGUGGCGGAGUUUCUUUUUUGGAAGCUAGUAGAUGGCUUGAAAAAAAUUCUUGAUGUAGUUCAUGUGGAGGUUGUGGAGAGAGGGUUGCAAAUUAUCAGAUAUUUUGGUGCAAAGUCUUUUAUUAUUGUUACCAUGUGUCUUGCUUUGUAUCUACAUGUUCUUGGUGGUAGCAUGGGUCUCUUGGCUGCUUAAUUCGAUGAGGUUCUCACUCCCCUAUAUAGAUCUUGUCAUGGAGAUUUCAACGACUUAGUGCUACAAUUGCUCCUCGAUACAGAUGGUUCUGGUGGAUUAGUUUUUUUCUACGUUUUCUAUUCGGAACAAUUCUACAGUUAGGAGAGAGAUGCACCAUCCAUUUUUUUAGUUAAAUGUUUUAUUCAUAAAGAGAUUUCACACAAAUAAAUAUACAAAUCAAUGUGGUUUGACGUGGUACGUUAGAUUGUAAAAUUAUUUUUAUUGUAAAAUAGAUCCUAUACUAAUUUUGUGA